GUGUGAAUGUUAGGAACAACUGCUAAACAACACGUGUCGAUCACGAAAGCUACUAUUUAAUCAAUUAUUUUAUCCGAGAGAACCAUUUCGUACUUUGCCGAGAAAUGUGGCCUUUUCAUGGGUCCUCAGUCCCGUAGACUUGUAAAGACGUCACCUUAAGCUGGAGGAGUACAACCGGAAGUCAUGUUCUUGUGUUGAAAGUCGACAUCGGAGAAUUGUUGUCAGUAGUUUCAGCCAUGGACGAAUAUCAGACAGAAGAGGAGACUGCGUUCGUCGUUGAAGAAGUGAGCAAAAUAAUCAAAGAGUCUGUAGAAGCAGCCAUAGGAGGAAAUGCCUACCAGCACAGCAGAGUGAACCAAUGGACAACUAAUGUAGUGGAGCAAUGCCUCAGUCAGCUCAGCAAGCUUGGGAAGCCUUUCAAAUAUAUUGUGACAUGUAUCAUCAUGCAGAAGAAUGGAGCAGGUCUGCAGACAGCUAGCACAUGCUUCUGGGACAACUCUACUGAUGGAAGCUGUGCAGUCAGAUGGGAGAACAAGUCCAUGUACUGUAUCGUCAAUGUUUUUGGGCUGGCCAUCUGAACAGACUACAUUGUUCCAGUGUGUUUGAAAUGUAAAAAAAUUUUGUAUGUUUUUCAGAACCAGCAUGUUAUGUUGGUUAUAUUUUAAUAUAUGCAUUUUUUUUAUAUUAAGUGCAAUUGAAUAAAACAACACCAUGCUGUA